AUGCGUUCUCAAGAUGAAGUCGAUCUGGAACGGAAGCCCUUGCUCGAUCGACGCUCGCGGAAGCUCUUCCAGGUCCUGAACUACAACUGGGCGAUCUACCCGUGCACAGCCUUUUUAUCGUUUCUAGGAGUAUAUUCUUUGAUGGUGUGGGCGGGCGUCCCCGAGGCAAUCGUGCAACCGGGGGUGCUCUGGACGCGCGACUGCACGAUCAUCACCCUCAUCAUCACCCCGUUCCUCCUCGCCCAGUUUCCCCCUUACUACAUCCUCUGGGGCAUGUGUCUCCCCAUCCGGCCGUUCUCGUACGCCCAGGCCCCGAAACAGCGGUCCUUCCGCAGUCUGCGAGUCGUGCUCGUCACCAAAGCGACGAACAUCCAGGGAAGUACUACCGUCCUCCACACCGUCGAGCUCUGGAAACCCCUCAGCCAAGCCUUCCGCCUCAGCUUCGUCGUCGUCGUUGACUCGGCCCACAACCCCUUCACCACCCUCCUCCCCAGCUGGGUCGAGCAGCUGCAGUGCCCGCCCUCCUUCCAGGCCGCGCGCGCCACCCACAAGGCCCGAGUAUUGGAAUGGUACCGGCGGCACAGCAGCCUCACCGACCGAGACUGGGUGCUGCACCUGGACGAGGAGACGGAGAUCGACGACUACCUCAUGCAGGCGUGUUUGGACUUUAUCGAGCGGGGGAGCGAUGAUAUUGGGAUGGGGACAAUCUACUACAACGCCUCCUCACACUGGAAACAUCCCUUCACCACGGUCGCCGAGAUCCUGCGCAUCGCCGAGAACUUCGGCCGGUAUCAGCUCCCCGUGCGGUUCUUCCGGCAGCCGUUGCUCGGGUUCAUGCGGGGCAGUUUUUUGUUGCUGAACGGCACGGUCGAGAACGCGGUGACUUGGGACACGGACUGUUUGACGGAGGAUCAUUGGUUCGCGUAUUAUGCCGCGAAGCAAGGCUUCAAAUUCGGGUGGCUGAACGCGAUCGCCCGCGAGCAGGCGCCCUCCACGCUGGGCGAUCUGCUCCGCCAGCGCCGGCGGUGGUACAGCGGCGAGCUGAUGAUCCCCAGCUGGGCGCUGCGCGUCAUGGUGAUGUUUAAUAUGUUGGAGUUUGUGGCGCACUUCUGCUUAAUGAUGACCAUGAUCUACGGCGGCUGGUCCAUCUCCGUCUCCCACGGCUUCUUCCUCUGGACCACCUUCAACCUGGCCGUGCUGCUGCACGGCCGCGUCGUCGCGUGUCUGAUGGAGGAUCUGGACUACCAUGCCACGGCGUUGCUUGAUAUCCCGGUGCAUGUCGUGCUGACGGUCGUGCUGGCGCCGGUGGUGGAUUUGGUGCAGGCGGCGACGUUCCUUUCGGCGGUGGUGUGGCCGACGAGGGAGUUUACGGUCAUUCGGAAGGAUUAG